UGGGCCCCUUCCGGCAGCAGCACCAGCAGCCCAAGCAGAGAGGCCGGAGUUGGGUUUGAGUCUCUCUCUGUGAGCAUCUUGUAUUUGGGGGAGAAGCAUCCCUCGCUCACCAGGUAAAGGAACAUGAAGCAGCUUCUCUUGCUCGUUUUCGGCCUGGUGUCACUGGCACAAACGGUCAGUCCUUUGCGGAUCUGUGCCUUCAACAUCCAAAGCUUCGGGGACACCAAACUGUCGGAUGAAGGCACCUCCAAAAUCAUCGUGAAGGUCCUCUCCCGCUAUGACAUUGCCCUGGUGCAAGAGGUGCGGGACUCCGACCUGAGUGCUGUCAAUGAGCUGAUGGAGCGGCUCAACAGGGCCUCCAAGGAGCCCUACGAAUUCGAGAUCAGCCAGUCUUUGGGCCGGGAGAACUACAAGGAGAUGUACCUCUUCAUCUACAGGACCAGUUCGGUCUCGGUGGUGGACCAGUACCAGUUCCCCAGCAAGAGCAACGCCUUCAGCCGGGCUCCCUUCAUCCUGAAGUUCUCAGCUUCGGAAUCGAACGGGAAGGAGCUCAUCCUGGUCCCGCUCCAUACGGCUCCCAAUGACGCCGUGGCUGAGAUCGAUGCCCUCUACGACGUCUACCUGAAAAUCAUUGACAAGUGGGGCACUGAUAACAUGAUGUUUCUGGGGGACUUCAAUGCGGACUGCAGCUACGUGGGCAAGAAGGACUGGGCCUCCAUCCGCCUCCGGACCAGCGAGGUCUUCAAGUGGCUCAUCCCCGACGAGGAGGACACCACCGUGGGGCACUCCGACUGCGCCUACGACCGGAUCGUGGUGAGUGGGGCCCAGAUGAAGAAGUGGGUCAAGCCCAACUCGGCCAAAGUGUUCGACUUCCAGGAAGAGUUCAAACUGAGCCAGGAAAAGGCUCUGGCCGUGAGUGACCAUUUCCCGGUGGAGGUCACUCUCAAGUCUCAAUGAGGUGCCAUUGGCUUCCCAUCCGCUGCCCUGAUGCCAUGCUUGCCUUCCGUCCUCCAUAUGCAAUUUACAGAUAUAUGAAGCUACAUUCAUGCUGUGCCUAGCUAUCCCCUCGAGGUCUAAUAUAUUCCCUUAAGGCCGCGUUUCUCAACCUGGGGGUAUUUGUACCAAGUUUGGUCCAGACUCAUCAUUGUUUGAGUCCACAGUGCUCUCUGGAUGUAGGUGAACUACAACUCCCACACUCAAGGUCAAUGCCCACCAAACCCUUCCAGUAUUUGCUGUUGGUUAUAGGAGUUCCAUGUGACAAGUUUGGUUCAAUUCCAUCGCUGGUGGAGUUCAGAAUGCUCUUUGAUUGUAGGUAAACUAUAAAUCCCAGCAACUACAACUCCCAAAUCAACCCGCCCAACCCCACCAGUAUUCAAAUUUGGACCAGUGAAUGAAAAUAUAUUCUGCAUGUCAGAUAUUUACAUUACGAUUCAUAACAGUAGCAAAAUGACAGUUAUGAAGUACAGUAGGGUUUCACUUAUCCAACAUAAAUGGGCCGGCAGAACGUUGGAUAAGCGAAUAUGUUGGAUAAUAAGGAGAGAUUAAGGAGAAGCUUAUUAAACAUCAAAUUAAGUUAUGAUUUUACAAAUUAAGCACCAAAACAUCAUGUUAUACAACAAAUUGGCAGAAAAAGUAGUUCAAUAUGCAGUAAUGCUACGUAGUAAUUACUGUAUUUACGAAUUUUGCACCAAAAUAUCAUGAUAUAUUGAAAACAUUGACUACAAAAAUGUGUUGGAUAAUCCAGAACGUUGGAUAAGCGAGACUCUAUUGUAGCAACGAAAAUAAUGUUAUGGUUGGGGGUCAGCACAACAUGAGGAACUGCAUUAAGCACCACUGCCUUAAGGAGUAUCGCAUGGCAGGAAGGACACAGUCAAAGCCCUCCUGGCAGAUGACCAUCCAGCCUUAGUUCAAACAACUCCAGAGAAGGAAACUCUACUGGACUCCAAGACAAAGGAUCCCCAAAGAGCAUCUAGUCCAGUCCCUUCUGCCAUUAAGGGAGACACAGUCAAAGCCCUCCCAGCAGAUGACCAUCCAGCCUCAGUUCAAACAACUCCAGAGAAGGAAACUCUACUGGACUCCAAGGCAAAGGAUCCCCAAAGAGCAUCUAGUCCAGUCCCUUCUGCCAUUAAGGGAGACACAGUCAAAGCCCUCCCAGCAGAUGACCAUCCAGCCUCAGUUCAAACACCUCCAGAGAAGGGGACUCUACCAAGAUAAAGGAUCCCCAAAGAGCAUCUAGUCCAGUCCCUUCUGCCAUUAAGGGAGACACAGUCAAAGCCCUCCUGGCAGAUGACCAUCCAGCCUCAGUUCAAACAACUCCAGAGAAGGAAACUCUACUGGACUCCAAGGCAAAGGAUCCCCAAAGAGCAUCUAGUCCAGUCCCUUCUGCGAUUAAAGAAGACAGUCAAAGCCCUCCCGACAGAUGACCAUCCAGCCUCAGUUCAAACACCUCCAGAGAAGGGGACUCUACCAAGAUAAAGGAUCCCCAAAGAGCAUCUAGUCCAGUCCCUUCUGCCAUUAAGGGAGACACAGUCAAAGCCCUCCCGACAGAUGACCAUCCAGCCUCCGUUUAAAAACCUCAAGAGCUUUAAUCCCUUCGGAAGUGGGGUGCUGCUGCUGUUCAAGUGUAGGUACAGCUAUAACUUUUAUAAUUUGCAUUGUUUGUUGAUUGAGUUGGAGUCAUGGAUAAGUUUCUAAUUUAGACGUUGAAAAUGAUGUUUGUGAGGAACCCCAUGGAAAGGCUAGAGAGGGAACGACAAUCAAUUGUAGGACAUGAGAAGUAUAAAGGGAAACAAUUCCAGACCUUGUUUAUAUAGUAAAGAUUAUGUGAAACUUUUAUAUAAUAAAUAUAUUAUGUGCUAUAUGUUAUAUAAAUGUACACAACUCUAUACGCUGGUACAAUAAAAGUGUAAUUGAAAGAAACCCCAAUAAAA